CAGAAAUGUUUCUUAAACAAAAUUGCACAAUAUUAUACGCAAUUAUGUUCUUUAAAUAUCUUCACACUAUGAAACGUGACAAAAUAAGGCUGUACCGCAUUUUAUCCAAUGAGUCUGAUGCUUGUCAGUUUUUAGAGGACAUACAAAUUAAAACUUGCGUAAACUGUAGUGUGGUAAAGGAAAUACAAACUUCAACAACUGGACGUCAUGAAAUAACAAAUAGCAAUAUCUUCGCAAUUUCUUCGUUACAACAGAUUAUUUCAUGUCAGUUUCAUUAUAUCUGUCACGAUGUGUCAUAUAUUUACAGGUUAAAUUAUUUGUUACUUAGUGAUCGGUGACAAAGGUGAAUAGAAGUUUAACAUGGCAUGCUUCUAUUAACAAACAAUUUUUUGACAAUAUUAAUAAACAUCUACAAACAUGAGCAAUAUUUAUAUACAAGAACCGCCUACCACUGGUAAAGUGGUGAUGAAAACAACAGUGGGGGAUAUUGAUUUGGAGUUAUGGACAAAGGAGGCACCUAAAGCUUGUAGAAAUUUUAUACAAUUAUGUAUGGAGGGUUAUUAUGACGAUACUAUAUUUCACAGAAUCAUCAAAGGGUUUGUAGCACAAGGUGGUGACCCAACUGGCACGGGCGAAGGUGGCGAAAGUAUAUAUGGGCAAUCAUUUAAAGAUGAAUUCCAUACAAGAUUACGUUUUUGCCGGCGUGGUUUGCUUGCCAUGGCCAAUGCUGCAAAAGAUGAUAAUGGUUCUCAAUUCUUUUUCACUCUCGGUGCUACACCAGAGUUGCAGAAUAAGCAUACUAUCUUUGGCAAAGUUACUGGAGAAACUAUAUAUAAUAUGCUUAAACUUGAAGAAGCACUCGUAGAUGAAAAUGAUAAACCUCUUUAUCCACCAAAAAUUAUAAAAACAGAAAUAUUGAAUAAUCCUUUUACCGAUAUUGUAUCUAGGGUAACAACACAGAAUACCGAAAUAGCAAAGGAUAGUACAAAAAAUAAAAAAUCAGGAAUAAAAAAUUUUAACCUUUUAUCUUUUGGGGAAGAGGCAGAGGGCGAUGAGGAAGAAUCUGCAAUAUUAAAUAAACAAUUUACUAGUAAAGGUAAAUCGGCACACGAUCAUUCAACUAAUCCAAAAUUAAGUGCUCAAGUAGCUAUUGAACCAGCUGGACCUCCAAGUAAAAAAAGGAAAGAAGAUCGUAAUAGCGAUUGGGAAAGCGACGAUGACACUAAAACUCCCGAAGAAUUAGAAGCUUCGAAGAUCGAGAAACAAGCAAUGAAAGAAAGAAUCAAAAGUAAAUUAAAAGAUACAAAAAAGGAAUGUAAGAAGGUAGAAAAUUAUAAGGUGGAUGACGUUGAAGAUGAUAAAGAUGCAAAGGAAGAAGAGUAUUACCUUGGGAAGGACAGAGUAGAAGAACGUAAAAAGAAAGCAGAGGAAAUUAGAAAAGAGAUUCGGGACUUGAAGCGCGAUGUUAAGAACGAGAGGAAAGCAAAGGAGGAUGAAAAGAAAUUAAUAGAGGGACAGGAAGCAAAGAAGGAGCAGAAAACAGAAAUUAUGAAACAGUAUAUCGAAACUCAAGAAAAGUACAAAGAGGCGAAGUCGAAAAUUCCUAAAAAGGGUAAAAAUCGCGAAGAUUUUACGAUGGAUUUAUUAAAAAAAUUUAAAUCCAAACUUCAAAAUGCUAAGGAAAGUAAAACGGAAAGACCGCCAACUCCACCAAAAAAAGAAACCGGCAAAGACGAGGAUUUCGAUCCAAGCGAUGAAUCAUGGAUGGUGCAUGCAUUGCAUUGCGAAGAAAUGGCACCUGUCCUUGCCAAAGAUGCGAGCACGAAAGAUGACGAUUGGUUUGAAAUUUACGAUCCAAGAAAUCCGCUUAAUAAACGACGAAGAGGGGAAAAGUUACACAAACCGAAAGACGAUAAUAGGCGGAGUGAUUCCCGUCAUAAAUAAUGUGUAUUAUAAACAAUGUUGGUAUAACAUUCAAAUAAUAGUAAGGUUUUCUUAUAUCACUUAAUGCAUUGUACAGGAUUAUUAGAAUGAUAUU